AUGCGACCCGAUACAUGGUCGACGGCGUUUCGCGUAGCUUUCGUCACGUUAAUGCUCACCAAUGCCGUGUACACGUCAAAAAAAGUAAGUCUUUUAACCAGUUUCUCAUCAAAAUAGAAAUCGUGUCACUUUAGAUGUCGAUUUCCGAGGCCCGCCAUUAAAAAGUUAAAAAUUAAAUUAAUUUAAAAUUUUGAAAUUGUAGAUUUUAACCUGUAAUUUUUAGUUUUAUCAAGUUAGGGCAUUCGAAAGACUAGGCUUUAAAAAUAACGAGUUUGUUUCAAACGAUACCACAUUAAUGUUAGGCAACAUCAAUUUGUAUUAUUUAAAUUCAAACAGAUUUUAUUUUUGUCAUAUUGAAAAAUACAAAAUAAAAAAAAAUUCAGGGAUCAACUAUAAUAUUAAUAUGAUGACAAUUGUUCUAUCGUACAAUAUAAUUUAAAAUUAUAUUAUUAACUUAACGUAGUUAGUUAACAGUAUGAUUAAUUGUUAACUAUUUGUUCAUUUGGCUCAGUUUCCUUAGCCUUGUAAAUAUGUUUAAUAAUCAUCACUCGUUACUAAACAUAAAUUAUAUAGUACAUGUAUUAUUAAACACUUUAAAUAAUAACAAUGACUUUAGAAUCAGUACAAUAUCAUUACAAUUUUAUAAUCGUGAAUAAGUACACAUUUUUAAAACGCGAUUUUUUUUCAUUUCAAAUUUUCAUCGCAAAUAAAACCGUGCUUUGUAUCAAUAAACCAUCUUUAUGGAUAGUUUAUUUAUAAUAUAAUAAAAUAAUAAUAAUACAUUUAUUGCAACAUCAACAAGUUUUUACAUCAAAAUUUCGUUCACGAGUACAAAAUUGCAGCACCCCUUCCCCUCCCCCGGUAAGCAAUGUUUGUGAUAGAGGAGCAGUUCUUAAGAAUAUAAAUAAGAGGACAAAUAUAAUAGAAUACAAUUUGGUAUGAAUAAAUAUAAAUAGUAUCUAAAGACAAAUAUAAAUCGCAUAAAUGGCCCGUAUCGAACAAUUUAUAUUGUAUAAUAUAUAAAUGGAAUAUCGAAAAUAUAUUUAUUUUUUUUUUCCAUUUUAUUAAUAAUUUAUUUUUGAUUCUGAGUGGAACUCGUUCCUUGGAAUGUAUUGGUAUUACAAUGAUGUUUAUUUUUUUUUAAUGUGAACAUUAUUUCUACCAAAGAACGCACUCCGAUUAUCAAGUAUAACACCUUUUCUGAAAGGAAAUUUUCUCUGGGUGGUACUAUAAAAAGGUAAUUUUUUGAAAUUCGCAUUAAUAUUCGAGAUAAUGAGGAAAUCCUCGGUCAAUGAAAGAUUGAAAGAUUAAAAAUAAGGUUCUCAUUGGCAACCGUUUUUAUUCAUUUUUCGUUAUUAUUAAGUUUUUAUUUUUAUUUUUUUCUAAACAAUCAUUAUUGUCAUGGAAAUGCACAUUGUUUUAAUCAUUUUAUCAUAAUAUGGCAUAAUACCAUAUAUUGUAUUGUUGACAUAGCAAAAUUAUCAACUGAACUCAGCUCAGAAUCGUUUUUUCGUUAUCAAUGGUUUAUCGUUGCUUACAGAUAUACAUUAAAUUUCCAUCUAUAGCCUACCUUCCCAACUUCCCAUCUAUAACAGUUGUUGUACCCACGUGUGAAGUAUGUUCCUUCUUUUUUAAUGUAUUUUUAUUUAAAAGAAAAAAAAACAAUGUAAACAAUGUAUACAAAUAUGGUAUAAAAAGUAAGUCUGAUGACCAAUUGACAAUGACACUUAAGAUUAGAAUAGGAAGGUUCCCAGCGGUGUCACCUGACAAGUUUAAGUUAAUAUUAUUAUUUUUUUUUGCAAUUCCCUAGAUCAUUGCCUUUUAGCCUUCGUGGGAUACGAGUAAUUGAAGAAAGUCUUUAAAUUAGCGGAUUGGAGAAUGCAAUUAAAAACUAUGAAUCGUUUAGGAGUUACAUGAUUAGGUACCUGCAUAAAAGGAUAAAGUUGUAAGUUUUAUGCAACUAAUCAAGAGUGAUGGGGUGUGUUAUUAAAAAUAGCAAUCGAUACUAUUAUUGAAGGAAAAGAUUAGUACUUGCACAGGUUAGUGUACAGUAUAAGGUUCUAAAAGAAUAGUUAAUUUUUCAAUAUAAUAUUAUUCUAUUCUAUUAUUAAUGAAAAAAAUAGCAUGCAUAAUACGGUAUAGAUAGGUCCUAAUAGGGUACAGAUUUAAACGCAAAGAACACGUUUUACUUUUAUUUUUUUAUUUUUAGUGCUUUUGCUUUUGACAAAUUCAUUACAAAUUCAUAAUUUUAUGCAUGUAACAAAUAAAUUAAAGGCAAAUUUAUUGGGAUUCUAAGCGGAGCGAGGAAUGUAUUGGUUUUACAAUGAUAUUUUUUCCUGUGAACAACUUUUCUACCAAACAUUUCGCUCCGAUUUUCAAUUUUAGCACUUACUCUGAAAGAAAUUUUAUCUGGGUGGUACUUUAGAGAGAAAAUGUUGUGAUUUUUAAAGCGGUUUUCUUAAUAAUUGGGAAAAACAGGAAAAACCGGUAAUAUUUACAAAAUUUAUUGUCUUCGAUUUUAUUUUUGUUGUGAUUCAAUUAAAAAUAUGUAUAGAGAUUUGAAAUUUAGAUAUAAAACAUAUGUUUGUAUUUUCUAGACGUAGCCAUUUUAGUCAUUUUUAAAGUGUUUAUAGACAUUUUAAUUGUGAAAAAGUUUUAAAAUAAAAUUUUAAAUGGUAAAUAUAAUAGUCUUUCAAAACAUGUAUAACUGAACCUCACUCCGAAUCGUUUUUCGUUUGCAACCGUUUAUCGUUGCUUACAGAUGUAAAUUAAAUAACUUUAUUUAUCCUACCUUCCCAACUUCCCACCUACAAUAGUAGCACAAUCGUCCCUUGUAUCAGAUCUUUGUUUUAUUUCAUUUUAUUUUAUUAUUUUUUUUUUUUUUUGGUGCUUUACGACAACACAAUACAAUACACCAAAUAAAUCAUUCAUGUAACAGAUGUUUCUAAAAUUAAACUCUUUUUGGAUUUAUUGCUAUUUUUCCUUUCUCGGGUCAUUGUAGAUUCAGAGCGUAGCGUAGCACCUUUUCUGAAAGGUAAUUUUCCCUCGUUGGUGCAUUGGGGAAGUUAUUUUUCGAUUUUUGUAUGGGUUUUUCAAAUAGUCCGAAAAAACCCAAAAAAUAAAAGUACAGGUAAAAUGGUAAACAUAAAUGGAGUACCGCGACGUUAUCGUUUUAAAAUUUUCAAAAUAUUUUAUCUAUUUUUGAGCUAAUUAUGGACAUUUUAAUUUUGCGAGUUUACAGGGAAAAUGUCUUUUGUUUCGAAAAAUGAAAUUGAGUGUAAUGUAGUAUUUCUUUUUCUUUUUGUAAGUUUUUAAAUCAAAUUUUGACGAAAAUUGUAAUUAUUACGGUCUUUCAACACCUGUGUAACCGAACUUCGCUCCGAAUCAUUUUUCGUUGUCAAUGGUUUAUCGUUGGUAACAGGUAUAAAUUAAAUAACUAUAUAUUCUACCUUCCCCAUUAUCAACCUAAAACAGAGGCCACUCAAGUCUCCAAUAUUAAUUAUUUUAUUUUUAAUUGAGUUAUUCGAUUUAAAGCUAUUUUUAAGGUAUUUUUUUUUUUUUAUCGUUUUUCAAUCUAGACCCGAUAUAAUUAAUCACUUAUAAUUAGUUUUUUUCUGUACAUGGGUAUUGAGAGCUUUUCGAACUCGCCAAAAUACACAUCAAAGCUUAAUUCAAGUAUUUAAGUGUACCUAUAGUCAUGCGAUUUUUUUAACACAAGACCCAAGAGAGCCCACAUGCAUAGCUCCAUCUUUAGAGAACAAAUCCACAAAAUAAAAUAAUGUAUCUAUACGAUAAUCCGAACCACGGUCUUUGUUCAAUUCAAUUAUACAAACAGCACGUGCAUACGCAUCGCAUGGAUUAAUUAGUUACCAAUACUGUUUAUUAUAAUAUCGACAAAAAAAAAUUGGAUAAUAGUUAAAUGUUAAUAUUAUUAUCAGUUUGAUAAUCACCAUUAGCAAGCUAAAAUAACUAUCAACAAAUCAUUGAAAUAUUAUGCAAAACUGAUCUUCAGUGGAAAUAAUUUUUUUAAUUGUUAUUUUUUCAAACAAUAGUUUUGCAAUAUGUAUCUGUAUCCAAUCGGGAUCUAAUUCAUAUAACUAAUAAUAGCUGCACCGCUGGAGCCAUAUCUCGUACGCAGCUUUGUUCUCGCAUAAUCGCGGACUUGCGCGACUUUGUUUACAUUAUUUUAGAACAUGGCGAACUGCAACGAAUUUGACAUUUUUUUCUAAAAGUCGAAGUGUAAACUGUUUCAGAAAACAAAAUCCUACAAACUGCGAUAAAACCGAAUAAGUACACUGUUUUGUAUUGUAGGGUUUUUUUUAUACUAUUUGUAGGUAACAAAAUAUGAAAUUUCAUUACAAACAAUAGUCCAUUAUUUAACACCAUAAGAUACCAAGAAAAAUAAUCAAGACUAAUAUUAAAAGUUAUACAUUUGUAACUGUCAUUGAUUUUAAACGAAAUGAGAUGGGAUUCAUAAGAUUAUAUACGCACUUUUGAUCAUACUUUAAUGAUAGAUGUCUGCAGUAGGAGUGCAUGUUCCGUACCUACAAUGUACUUAUAAAAGUUAAAAAGUUAAAUUUGUAUACAUUACAUAUAGGUAGUACCGACUUUGAUGUUUACCCGAAACGGUAAACAAUUAUUUGUAUUAAAUAGUUUUGAAUUUAAAAUGUAUUAUGAAACAAAAAAUAAAAAAAUAAAUACCUAAAAAACCAUGGAUAUUUUGUAAUACGAAGCGUAUAGCAAAAUUAUAACGGCAAUAAUAUUUCACAAGAAAAAUCAUAAUUGGUAAUUUUAUUUUAUAAUUUUAUAUUUUCAUAAAAACUUUAUGUAUUGGUACACUAUUUUUAGCAUAUUAUUAUUACAAAACAAUUUUUAUUAUAAAUAAUAUUUUUAACAAAAUUUUCGCAGUUAGUAUUAUGUACCUUUUCAGUUUCAUCGUAGUUUGUAUAAUUUUUUUUUUCUGUCGCAGUUGAUAUUCAUCCGCUAUUUCAUAUGGCAAGACAACGUGAUAGCCAUAUAAAAUUAACAGUUUCAAUUUCAUAAUUAUUAUUAUUAACUGAAAUACGGUACAAAUUACACUUAAAGGAUGAAAAUAAAAUUAAGAUAAGAUACGAUUUAAUACAAUCACCAUGCGCAAUAGACACAAUUAUUUUCUAAAUUAAUAACGGUUUUAAUAAAAUUAAUCACCCUGUGUAUAUCUAUAUAUUAAAUACGAACAUUUUGAAUAUGGAAUGAGUAUAGAUUAAGAGGUUAAGUUGUAAUGAGUAUUUGAUUAAGGUCCGGCUUAAGUGCUUUUUGGGAAACGGUAUACUUAAACGAUUACCCAAUAAUAUAAAAUUGUCAACAAAAUUAUAGGAAAAGGUUAACAUUGCAGGUAUUAAGGAGGCGUGAUACCCGCAUGUGUUGUUUCCGUCCUUCUAAACGUAUGCGGCAUAGGAAAUCUGCGUUCAGCAGGGACAUCAUUAUGCUGUUAGUUUUAAUAUUACAGUGAAUUGACCUUUUAUCAAACUUAAAAAUAGAAACCUUAUCUGUGCAAUGUUGGCAUUAUAUUUUUAAUUUUAAAGCAAGUUACAAGCAUUGUUAAAUUUUAAUAUUUUACGCCAUAUUUAUAACCCUCUUAAAAAUUAAAAUAUCGAAAAAAUACGGCAAACGUUACACAGAAUGUCCUUAUCUUCAGUUUUAUAAAAGGUCAUUUCACUGUAAUAUUUAAACUAAUAGCAUAACAUUGUCCCUACUGAACGUGAAUUCGCUGUAUCUUAUGUUCGGAACUUUGCAAGACGGAGACACCGCGUGCCGGUAUCACGUCCUAUUAAUUUUUUGUAAUAGUCUCUUUAUCUCAAUUUAUUAAAACCUAAAUAUUACAAUAUUUGAACAGUUAAAUAUGCGAUUUCAUUAUUUAUUUUUCGUGUGGAUUACGAAAAUUUGCAAUAUUCGCAAUUCUAGUUUUCAAUGCGAUAAAUUUGUGAUUGAGGAACUUGUAAAUCACAUAGUGGUCCGAUUUAAUAAUAUUAGUACCUAGUUCAAGUAAAUUGAAGUACGGGGUUUUGAAAUACGAUCGAGACGUUUGCUCGACUGCAGUGGUAGGUAAUUAUUCAAAAUAUUGAUAGUCAUACAAUUUGAGUUCAGAAAACCUGUAAUAAGAGAUUCAAUCGGGGAAAAUAGCUAUGGUAUUAAGAGUUAAGAAGGUAUAGAAAAGGAUUGAUUAGGUUUGUGACUUUGGUGAAUUUUAGUCGAUUUUGUGGUUAAUUGGAGGUUUGUUAUUGAGAUUAAAUUCAGUAAGUUUACGAUCGUGUUUAUUUGUUUUUGUUACUUAUUCAAUUAAUUUAUCGUCGAACAUUUUGAAAAUCAGCAAAACAAACGUAUUCCUGCGAUAACGUAAAACAAAUUAUUAUAAUAUAAUAUAUUAAUAUAUUACUUUAUUAUAUUUGACUAUGAUGAUUUUUAUUCGUCUUUCUUCAGCCUGUAAACAAUUUUCUAUCAGAAAUCUUGUUCCGAUUUUCAAGUGUAGCGUCUUUUAUGAAAAACCGGGAAAACACGCAUUAAAAACAAGAAAAUGUAAAUACUGCAAUAAUAAUCUAAUUAUUUUCAAUUUUGUUUUAGAUUUUGAGCGAUUAUCAGGAAUAUAUUGGUUUUACAAUGAUGUUUAUUAUUAUAUUUUUUUUUUUAUUGUAUGUGUACAAGUUUAUUUUAGUUUUCAUUUAGUUUUAUGUAAUUAAAUCUGUUUUAGCCAAACAGAAGUCCUCCAAAAUUUAACACGAACAUAUUAUAUGUAGUGUUAAAGUCGUUUUUUUAGACGUAUUUUAUAUUGUAAUAUAUUGAAAAAAAAACAUAACCAUCACGAUAUUUUAAAACACGUUUAUUCAAACAUCUCUUGGAAUUCGUUUUCACAAGCAAUGAUUUAUCUUUUCAUUCAGAAAUGCAAAUAACUCUAUAUGUUUCUUACCUUUCCAUUUUCCACCUACAACAGAGAACAGGUGCACAUCCGUCAGUAGUUUUAUUUUGUUUUAAUCUGUAUUCAAUAUUCAGUAUAGUAAUAUACGAGUAUCACACUCUAGAAUAGUUAAUUAAAUAGGAAAAAAAAAUGUAAAAAAAAAAAAAAAAACAUUUCUCGCCCGUAUGGUUUUUAGGCGUUGGUGCAAUAUUACGACUACGUUACUUCUCCAUCAAUUUCACACAGUCACUUUGUGUGUUACUAAAUGCAGUAUAAUUACAUACAGGUGUUAUGUAAUACAAUACAAAAAUAUAGCACAAAAUAAAAUACUGCAUGACACGGAAUAGCGAAAUUCAAUUAUAAGAUAAUAUAUUAGAUCUAGUAGUCUGAUCUAGUAAAUGAUAAUGUUAUAGUAAAUCUACAUAUUAUUUUCAAUUUUGAUACGUAUAAAUGUAAUCAGAGUAUUAUAUUGUUUGUCAUUAUCCUUAAUAUUUAAACAGCCAGCAAAAAUUGUUCAACGUUUAUGGCGUCAUAAUAUGUUAAUAAUAGUUGUUAUAAUAAUAACAAAAUUUUUUCGCUUCAAAAUAUAUAUCUUUUAAUAAUUUAAAUACUUAAAAAUAACUCCAAAAUAAUAAAAUUUUAAUCAUGUAUCAUAUUUCAGAUUCCGAGCGUAGCGAGGGAGCUAUUGGUUUUACUAAGACGUUUAUUUAUUAUUUUUUUUAGUCUGUGGACACGUUUUUUUUUAAUAAACUCGCUCCGAUUUAAAAGGGCAGUAACUUUUCUGAAAGCUCAAGUUGCCUAAAUUGUACUUUAAAUGUAUAUUUUUUGAUUUGCAACGCCAUUUUUUAAAUAAAAGCACUUAAGUGAGAAAAAACGUAUGAAAACGUACAAUUUCACGAUUUUAUUAUUUUAUAAAAACACGGACGGUAUUAUCUACCAGAAAUAAUUUAAUCAAAAAAUCACAAGAUACCUUUUUUAUUGCCUUUUUGAUUUACUUUCUUAAGGUAUCGUUGUCAAAACUUUUGAGCUACUUUUGGACUUUUAAGGAAUUUUAAUUUUUGGAAGUUUUUUUGCUGUAAUUCGGUUAUAAAUAUACUUAGACCCUUGAAACUUGGUAAUAAUACUUCUGUUGAACUUACUUAGACGUGAUACGAUUUUCAAAAUCAUCGACGACUUUUUUAUUAUUAAUAAGCGUUUUGAAAUCAAAUUUUGACGAAAAUCGUAAAUAUUACGGCCUUUCAAAAAACAUAUAUAACCGAACUUUGCUCUGAAUUUGUUUUCGUUAUCAUUGGCUUAUCAUCAUUUACAGGUAUAAAUUAAAUAACUAAAAAUAAAUUAGUUUGUAAUUAAUUUUAAUAAACUACAAUUGCUCGUAUUUUUAACAAAUUGUAUCAAAUAUUUAAACUUACAACGUUGAUGAAAAUAAUUUAUAAAAUACUUAUUCAUUUAAAGCAAACAAAUUUCAAAUAUAGAUAUAAAUAAUUAUUUAUAAAUAAUUUAUUUAUAUAUAAAAAUAUUUUCGUUUUUCAGAGGUUUUUUUUUCGAGGUUUUCUCGUCACUAAGAUAACGGAAAUGUUAAUAAAAUAUCGUCGUAUAUUUUUGUUUAUUUUUUGAAAAAUUUAAGCAUGAUUAUUUUUUAUCGGCUAUUAACUUUGGUUUGGAUUCUUUUUGUCGUUAUACAUGAUUACAUAAGUUCUGACAAAGCUACUUAUGUGUGUGAUUCAGUAAUUAACAAUAUAGAAAUAAUAAAACAAAUAAAAAAACACCGUUUAAUUUAUGCGCGAACCAAACUGUGACAUUAAAUGACAUUAAAUGUCAUAAUACAGCAAGGGCAUCGCACAGCUAUAAUAUAAUGUAUUGUAUUAAAAUAGCCGAGUGUAUUCUUUUCAAAUAUUAACUCAGUUAAACAUUAGUAAACAGUUAUAUACAUAAUGCAUAUUGAAAUAAACAAAAAAAUUAUACAUUCGUGUGGUAAAGAGGUGGUGUCAUUUUUUUUCCGUUUCAAUUAUUAGUAAGUAUAUUUGUGUGUUUUUUUACGAGGCACGAAAAGUUUCGAACAACAUUUUGAAUAGAAAAAUAAAACACGGCUUUACGGUUGCUUAAAGCAAAGUAGCGGAAGAACGAUAAAUAGGAAUGGUAAAAUAAAAACAGUAUAGGUGAUUAGGUGAUACACUUAUUAUUAUUAUCGUUUUAUCAUCGUCGACUAGCCCGCGUAAUAAUUUUUUUUUUUUCUGUGCGACGUUGCCCCGGGCGCUUUUCGAUACGGAUAUCUGAUUAGAGGACAGCAGCAUAUCUAGGAAGUAAUUUUGUUCAUCAGUCACCACCGUUGUCGUAGAAUUAUAAUUUUUGGCAUCACUUGCUUUCUACUGAAUUAUUAUUAUCGUGAGCGGCGGUAUGUUUGCACGGUAGUCCACGUAAUAAUAAUGUAGCGACAAUAAUGUGCAUCAUCAUUUUAACGUGAUCUCCAUGACCACACCACAAACCAGAGUAAAUCUCAAUGGUAAAUAAUUAAUUAACUAUAUACACCAUAUUUCAUUUGUGUAUAUACUAAAAAAAAGAAAAGUGUAUGCAGCUGUACCGUGUUGAAUGAACGCGUAUCUUUUAUUUCGAUUCGUUUGGAAUGUAUAAUUCUUGUUAUAGUUAUUAAGGAGAAACAUGUUUAUAUAUAUAUAUAAAAGGGGUAUUUACGUUUUUUAUAUUUUAAUAAUAUUCAAAAAUUGAACAGUUGCGAAGUUAUACAGUCUUAUUCUCGGUGAGACACUCAUUAUCUCGAUCUUUUUUUCGGAUUUUUUUUUUUUUUGACCGCUUGGAAACGAAUAGCUCUAAAAUGCCAUUAAUGACACCCUUAUUCGAUGAGACCAUUAUCCAUUUUUGAUUUUCAAAUAAAAAUUUGUAUUAAAUAUUGUCGAAAUAGAUGGAGAUUAAGUUUAAAAUUUAAAUACAUUUCGGUGUAAAGAUGAAAAUCUCAACAGCUUAUUUUUUUAUUUCUCAUUCCUGACUUUCAGAAACCUUCGUGAACUCUGUCCGUCUGCCUUUAUCUUAGCCAUCCCAUGGACCGUGUUUUUUACGUAAUUCUUAUUUAAGGCUAAUAUUUUUAUUUACAUAAGACUAUUGACACUAGAUAAUAAAUAUUAUACAAUCGAGGCUGGUACAUAGAGUAAUAAAAUUGUUGAACCACGGCUAUAGAUAUAAAUGGUUGCGCUACGGUCUUCAGCGCACUCGGAUUCGUACCCCCAUUGGGUGACUUCUGGAUCCACUACUGAUCCAAUUGGAUCUUCUGAUCUCCACGAAUACUCUCAAAUUAUUCCACUGUUCUUCAAGACUCAAACUAUACAAACUUUGUUAUAUAGGUUUUUAAUUAAUUUGUCUGUUCUUAUUUCACAUUAUCCUUAAUUAUUUCUUUUAGUUUUAAUACUUCGAGUAAAUUUUGUCCUCAGCAAAAACGUCAGUUGUUCCGUGAACAUUUGUUGCCAUACUUUGGUGGUAAAAUACCAGACUCCGCAUUCCUAGCCGACCGUUUAUCGCUAAAUAUGUUAAACAAAGAAGGGAUAUCCGUGCCUGACGGAGUUCUAUUCGAAACCAGGCCCAAAGAAUCGUUUUACCAAAGUUCGCGAAACGACCCGGAACUAUCGAACUCAAUAGUCAAAAUGGUGCACACGUCUGACGGAAGGUUAGCUAAAUUUUAGAUAUCACGUAUUGUAGCGAGUGGGAUAGGCAUUCUGUACACGAACACGGUUUAUUUUUAUAUUCAUAUACAACGUGUUGUAGGUUCGUCCCUUCGGAAGGCCAGCAUAGUGAGACUGACAACGAAGUGGAGACUACGUACAAAAUCCUGCUACCCGAGAACGUCCAGAAUUAUCAGCUACCAAAGUUCAGGCCCAUACCUGAACCGCUGCAGCUGCCAGUCCGGCCACAACUAUAUGAAAACGCUUUGCCAGUGACUCCGGUUAGGGGGCAAUUUGGUGCUCCUUUCUUCAGCAUGCCUCAGGUAAAUCAUCUGUAAAAAUAAAAUCUUCGAUAGUGAAUAUUAUCCUAUACGUAUUCAAAGAUAUUUAAUUUAUCUUCCAUCGCAUUAUUUGUUUUAUUUAGCGAUACGUUUAACAAUAUGGUAGUAUAAGGUUUACGAUUUUCUAAUUUUACACCAAUUAUAAUCAUUUGGCUUGGCUUUUCUUGCCUUAUCGAAAGAGCCUUCAUAAUAUAUUUUUUGUUUUGUUUUUUUUUUAUAUUAAAAUACUUAAGUAUCCAUCAUUAUUUCCUAACAUACGAAAUUUUGUAAUUUUUAAAAUUACUCGACUAUUCCAAUUCUCAUACUUUAUUACAAACUAUAGUAUUCCUAAUGCAAUAAGUAACUUACUUAACAUUGAAUAGGCAAUAUUUUUUUACAAAUUACGUCUCAAUUAAAAUCGUAAAAUUUAUUAUGAGUAAUAGUAUACACGUAUUAUUACGGUGGAUAACAAAUACUAUAUUCUUUAUCUUACAGUGGUGAAUCCAGACCAGAGUUUUUAUACUAUUUUAUUGAGGGGGGAAAAUUAUUUACUACAAGAAAUCGGGUAUAAAUUUUAAACAAUUAAAUCACUAUAAAAUAAUAUUAAACUAUAGUAUUUGUGGACUUGUGGAGAGGGACAAUUGCUCCUUGCACAAUUUUCCACCUUUGUAUCUGCCACUGGUAUCUUAUAAUCUCUCAUUCCUAAUGCUUUGGACGUAAAGUUUAGGAAACUCUAAAAUGCCUAUGAAUCUUAGUAGGUUAAAGUAUACCCGAAAUUGUGGAAGAAUAUGAGUUGAAUGACUGAUGUUUUUCUUUUAAUAAAACACGAUACAUUCAAAUGUUAAAAACACCGUACAAUACAAAGUAUAUUUUGCAAUAUUGCACCAAUCUCUAACACCGCAUUUAAUUCUCCUAGACUUUCCUGUUCUUGGUACUUAUACCUCUACGUCAAUCGAAUAAACUAACAUUUUUAUGUAUAUUUUUUUUAGUAAAUAUCCAAUAUUAUAAUAAUAUAACGUCAGUAUAAUAUACGGUUUUAGGAAACAAACGAAUUACACGUUCGACGUUCAACUAUGCGAUAUUGUCUAACGAAUACAUAAAUUCUGGUAAAUUAUUAUACCUAGUAACCUAGCGAAUAAUUUGAUUAAAACAAUAAAUGUUUUAAAUUUUAAAGCGAAUUCGUCUAUAUAAAGAGUGAUCAAACCUUGAUAAUUGACUCAUAAUUUCAAAAAGUAUUAACUGUUUUUAGAAUUUUUUUUUAGAUAAUAUGAAACAAUCAACUAUAAAAUAUUGCAUGGCCGUUAUUUGUUAUGAAUUUUUUUUUUGAGAGGUAAAACCACUACCGAUUUUUAAUUUUAAAAAAUCAACACGUAUUAAAAAUUCUAUAGUUAGAUGAAAAUUAAGUUUAAAUACAAUUUGCUAUUAAGAUUUCCAAUUUUCGUCAACGGCGUUUAAAUAAUGCUCCUUAAAGUCUCUAAAAAAAAGGAGAAUAUAAAAAAAAAAGUUAAAACUUCCCGAGAUUAGAUAAUAAUAAUUUAUAAUCCUUUUAUCAAGGAUUGAUCACCCUGUAUAAAGUCUUAUUAGUGUUCUCGGAUAGUUGUCUAAAAAUUCAAACAUUGUAACGAACUAUGAUAUUAUGAUACACUAUAAUAAUUGUUUUUCGAUACUAAUAAUAAGUAUCGCAUAAGUAUAAUUAUAGCAAUAAAACAACAUUAUUGUACAUUUGUAUACAUAUUGAGCACAUACUUGUAUAAUAAUAAUAUAUUACGUAUGUAAAUGUGAUAAUAUUUUAAAUUAAAAAUAUUAAUUGAUAUUGAUGUUGCAUUUUUAAUUUAAUUAUUCCUAUAUUUUAUGCAAAUGUAAUCCAAUGUUCGGAAAACAAAAUGUUUGACUAAACAACAUCUGUACCUACAAUAUAAUGUUAUAUGAAAAUAAAUAACAAUAAAAAAAGACAGACAUACUUCGCGUAAUGGGUGAGCCACUGUAGUAGGUGAGAAAUUGGGGAGGUAGGAUAUUAAGAGGAAUUUAAUGUGUAUCUGUACUCAAAUAUUAAUUAUUGCUAAUGAAAUACGAUUAUGAAUGAAGUUCGGUUAUUGGUACAUGUUUUGAAAGUUCUUAAUAUUUACGAUUUUCGUUAACAUUUUAUAUUAAAAUUUUUAUGAAAAAAUUCCAAAUUAAACUAAAUUGUUUAAAUUUCAAUCAUUUUUGUUUGGUCUAACAAUUUUAUUCACAGAGUACAUACCGAACAAAAAUUAAGUGAAAAACUCGUGAAAUUAAAAUGCCUAUAAAUACAUUAAAAAUGACUCAAAUGUUUUGAAAAUUUGACCACGUCUAAAAAAUGCAAAUAUAAGUUUUUCUAUUUUUAUUUUAAGUCUCUAAUAAUAUUUUUAAUUGAAUCACAAUAAAAACAAAAUUAAAAAUAAUACAUUUCAUAAAUUAAUUCCCGUUGUUCUUACGUUUUUUUACAGUUUUUCUUAAUUCCUAUGAAAAUUGCUUUAAUAAUCGAAAAAACUAUAUCAUUAAAGUACCACCUAAAUAAAAUUUUCUUUUAGUAAAAGUGCUAUACUUGAAAAUCGGAGCAAGAUUUCUGGUAAAAAAAUUGUUUACUGAUAAAAAAUAAAUUUUAAAAUUAAAUCAUUGUAAAACAAAUAUAUUCCUCUCUUCGAUCAGAAUCUAAAAUACCAUUGAUAGGCAACUGACCUACAGUUGUAGGUGGGAGGAUAGGAUAUAGGAUUAUUUUAUUUAUAAACUCAACGCAACGACGAAUUAUUAAAAACAAAGUGGAGCUAAGUUAACUGAUUGCCAUUAAAAUCAUAAAACUCAUUUGCAAUGUACAAAAAAAAGUUCGGAAUUGAAUUCUUGUAUGGAAAUUUGAAUUAAAAAAUUUUACUUCGUAUAUCGUAAAACACGGACACCAAAUCUGUCCACCUAUUUUUAAAACGUUUUAUUAAAUAAAGAAAUGGAAAAAUGAUUUUUCCACGCUAUAGAUUUUUUACAAAACCGAUGUAUCGUCAUAUUUUGAUUUUAGUUUUUAACCUUUUGAAGAAAAAAUAUUGAGAAUAUAGAAGGAUGUUUCAAAUAAUCUACCCCAUACUUUUACACGCCAUCUUUAUAAAUAUUAUAAUAUGAGAUCUUUCUCACUCAACUUAAAAUCUGAAAAUUAAUUCAUGCCAAACCUAUUGGCACAUAAUUAAUAAAAAUAAAAAUGGGCUUGAUAAUUUUUUUGUUGUUCCGAAAAAAUUACUCUAUCACCCAUACUAUUAUAAUUAUUAAUAUACUUAUUAAUUCGAUAACUAUUAGAUUUGUACAAGUAUUGCACUAUUCUUAAACUCAGAAAAUAAAUGAAAAGACUUAAAAGUUAUAACAUUUUUAAGAUAUAUUAUAAUAAAAACUAAAAAUAAUAAUACUAGGAUAAAUGAUAAAAAAAAUGUUUACUUUCUUGAACAAUUUAAAAAAAAAAAAAAAAACCAAUUCUCAAUAAAAGUAAAACGAAAUAUAUAUAUAUGUACAGGUGGUGUUUUAGGAAAAUGUCCCAACAAUCCAUAAAAUAAAUAAUAAAAAAAAUAUGUUUAAACGUUCUAAAAUGAUUUACCCGGAAACUUGACUGGUUGUACACGAGUAGGUAUAAGUACGCAUAAAUAAAACUAACUAGAAUAAUUUUCGUUUCGUUUCGCUAUACUUCCGGAAUUUUUUUCGGUUUAUUUAUUUUUUUUCGGUGAAAUUCUCUCAUAUAUUUUAUUAUAAUAAGACAAGUAUUCAUAAUAGACUCUUUGUGUAAUUUGUUUUUUAUUUACAUUGGUAUGCUAUGUAGUGAAGUCAAAUAUAUAGAGUUUAUUUGAAAAGUUUACCGAAAAAAUUCUUAUUUUUUUUUAUUUUUAUAACUAAUAUUUAAUUUUAAAAUAUGUGAAAACAUCGUUUAAAUUAUUAAAAUCGAUUUUCAAAUGUUUUUUUUUUUUUUAUGAUAACGACAGUAGCCAAUGACUUGGUAUGUAAUCAUUGUUAUCAAUUGACUUGAUAAUAUGACGCGCCGCCGUGUCGGAUUGACGGUGCACCAUCAAAUAGCAGUUACUUUACGCGGUUUAUUUAGCCGUUUAUGGUGAACCGUCGCAUUGAAUAAUUUCCAAAAAUCGUCUUGAAAAAUUCACACGUUGUCGAUACGUUUCAAAAUUGAAUUGAAACGUGUAAAAAACACGACUUUACAAUGCAACUAUUUGAGUUAAUUAGAUUACUUGGACAUUAUCGACGGAUUUAAUUUCCAGGCUAACAACAAAUUGAUCACGAAGUCUCUAUUAUAUCAUUAUAUUUUGUAAUAGACAAUUAAAAUGAUAUUGCCUUGUUGUCGAGUAACGUUUUGAUCGAAUAGGUAUAAUGUAAUAUUAUUAUCGAAUAACAACACCGUCACCGGACGAAAUAUCACAAUAAUACGGGGCGCGCGCUCGCUGCUUUGAUAAUAGAUAUCAACUAGAUACACAACAGUUUUCACUUAUUGUGUCGCGGCGUGUUUGCUCUACAGCAUCUCAACGGCGACGUCCUUGUCGUAUAAUAAUAAUAGGCGAUAUCAUUAAUAAUAAUACAUCGGGGCCGCGUGACGCGAAACAAUUGUUACGAAAACGGUAUAUAGGUAUUGUACGCGAUACAUAUCCUGUAUUUUCUAUGUUGGUUUGGUUUGUCAGCUGCCAAAAUAAUACACAGGUAACAUCAACGCAUAAUACCAAAAAUGUCUCGUGCGAUUAAACUGGCCAAUUCGUUUUCCGAACGAAAGAUAACAUUAAUACAAUAACGAUAUUGUGUGUUACGUUAAACGAGAUAAAAAAAACCUAACAACCAUAUGUAAUCAUAUUAUGUAGCUUACUGUGUCUUGUGUUCGAAAAUCAUGAGCUCGUACGUCAAUAAGUGUUUAUCUAUAUACGAACGAUCGAACGUACCAAUACGAAUGAAUGUAAAGAAAUUAUUAUUCCAGAAUAAAAUCCGCCGAUUCCUACGUACUAAAUUACAUAAUGUGAUGAAAAUAAUUGUAAGAAAAAAAAAAAAAAAACAACAACAACAUAAUAUCAAACACAGAAUUUGCUGUGAAUUUGUCACGGACACGUUCGGAUCGACGUAGAUACGUCAAAACGUACUAACAGACGGACAGACAAAACAAAUAAUAUUAGCACGUAAAAUCUAUAAAGAUAAAUAAGGCAUACAAACCGCACACAAUAUAGUAUGACUGCUGUGAGCAGAUUAUAUUUUUAUACCCAAUAAUAUACUACACUAUUAUUAAACUGUCAUUUGGGAUUUGUCAGCGAAAUGAAAUUGAGUAAUGAUGUUGCGAACACGUGAUUCGUGCGGUUUUCGUUUUUCAGUGGCGUAGAUACUCAAGGAACGGAGGCGGUGAUGUUGAUGGUACAUCGCCGCGCAAAAAAGUAGCAGAAGUUAUCUUCUAUAGACGAUACACAAAAAAAAAAAAGAAGCCGAUACUGAGGAUAGGAGCGGCUACUGUUGUAGGUGAGAAUUUUGAAGGGUAGGAGACCCUUAAGGUUAUUUCAUUUGUAUCUGUAAGCAACGAUAAACCAUUGCUUGACAAAAGACGAUUCCGAUCCCAGUUAGGUAAUACAUAAUUUGAACCACGUCUCGGCAAGUAUUCUUACCAAGUUUCAAGUUUCUACGUGUAUUUAAAACCGAAAAACAGCAAAAAACUCCCAAAAAUUAAAAUUCUUUAAAAGCUCAAAAGUGGCUCAAAAUUUUUGUCGAUGAUACCGUAAGAAAGUAAAUUAAAAAGGCAACAAAAAAUGCGUCUUGUGAUUUUUUUUUGAUUAAAUUAUUUCUAGUAGAAAACGCUCUCUGUGUUUUUAUAAAUAAUGAAAUCGUGAAAUCGUACGUUUUCCUACGUUUUUUUCUCAUUUAAGUGCUUUUGUUUAAAAAAUGGCAUUGAAAAUCAAAAAAUAUACGUUUAAUGUGCAAUUUAGACAACUUGAGCUUUCAGAAAGGUUGCUGCACUUAUACAUCGGAGCAAAUUUACUAGGAAAAAGCGCGUCCACAGACUAGAAAUAAAAAUAAAUAAACAUCUUAGUAAAACCAAUAGUUCCUAGCUACGCUCGGAAUCUAAAAUAUCCAGUAGUAAUAAAUAUAGUUACGCAUUCUUUCUCGAUAUUUCUAAAAAAAUAUAUAUCAAGCUCCCCCAUCCCAUAAAAAAAGAUAUCUCCUAUUUAUGCAAGUGUUUCGAACAUAGGUAAAUCAUUAGAUCUCAUGAUUUUCGAACACAUGAAAAACAAAAAGGAAAUCGGUUUCACGUCAGUGUAGGUCAGUGUAGGUACAUGAUUUUUCUAUCGGGUGCCACGAAUAAUUACCUGCCGGACCUGAUCGAGUUAUCUGUAAAUUGAUUAAAUGAUCCGAUUUUUUUUUUUUUUUUUUUGAACGGAUAUAAAUAUUAUAUCAGAUACUUGUCCUAUAAGCCGAAAAACAAAAAAAUAAUAAAAACUCGAUUUGUUUUAUGUCACCGUAUAUUACACUUAGGUAUGUUAUCUAAUUCGUCCGUUUAGAAUGAUCGCAUAUGUUUUAUUCGUAUCGCAUUAAUAACGGAUAGCGCGGUACGCAAAAAAAAAAAAAAAAAUAUGUACCUACCGAAGUAAAAAAUGUAUAUAAACGGCUAGGAAAAAAAAAACCCCCAUAGCAAAUAUCAGUCUUUUUCGCUACACAUUAAUAAUAGUAUGCGGGAUUGAUUUGAACUUUUUUUUUUUUUUAAUAUGUAAGCCACGCGUUACAAAAUUAUUAUAUUGCCAUUGUUGUAAUCACACGUCACGCGAAAUAAAUUAAAAACUAAAUAUUUUCAAGUCAAUCAUUCCGAAUAAUACAAACGUAUCGUUGAACAUCCGAGUGCGAGAAUUUUAAGUGUUUCGUCGUUAUAUUAUUAAAAUAUGUUCAAUGUAUUUACUGUACUAGGACUACGUCAUAUUUUCCCCGGCACUCGUAUAAAACUGUAAUUGAAGCGCUCAUCUGCAAAAAACAAGCAUCCAUCAAAGGGACGUAUUUUCUUUUUAUCCAAAAUUUGGUUAAACCAUACAGAAAUUAUUUUCUCUGUGUCUAUGGUAGACGACUUUGCAUUAUUUUCGCGCUAAAUUAUGUAACAUUUAUUUUGCUUUACUCGAAACAACAAAAAGCCAUUUUAGGCUUCUCUUGUUGUUACACCGAACCUUCAAAUUAAUUAGAGAAUAUGAUACAAUAUAAAAAUAAAAUAUUUCACGGAUUUGAAAAUUUGUAUGUAAUAAUUUAAGGAGAAUGUAUAUUGUAGGGCUCGUGAAGACCUUCGCGUUAAAAUUAUCCCUUACGAACGCGCAUUUCCGAACUAGAUGCGUAUCCUGUGUGCACGAGUUUCUUUAGUUGAAAAAUGGAACACGAAUUUUUCGACACGGAAGUAUUUAUUGAUGAAAUUUAUUAAUUCUAUUUACUACGAACGGAAGCUCAAUAUUAUAGCGUUGUAUUCUUGUAUUCUUUUAUGUGCAGUUUCCUAUAUUUUAAAAUUGCAUAUUUUAACGUUAAAUUUCGAUUUGUUUAAACGCAUUAUCUUUAUUCCUUGUCGGUAAAUACUAAAUAUACGAGUAUGUUAAGGAUAUCCAGUCUAUAUGAUAACCAAUGUUAAGGCGUUGCCGUAAUAUUUUGUCUACAUUCAUUAUUGAAAAUACAUUUUUUUUUUUUUUUAAAUUCCAAAUUAUUCGAAACAUAAAAUAAAUAAUAACAAGUACCGGUAUGGUUCUUAUUGAGAUCAAGGUUGUUUUCCUGUUCAUAUAGCGGUAUUCAUAUACUAUAAAACAUUAUAUGAUAAGGUAAUAAAUCCAAAUAAAUUAAGAAAAAAAAAUUCAAUAUUUCGUAGUGUUGUGAAAUAUUUCACAAUUCAAACGGUUCGAAACACAGUGGUAAUAAGAAGAAAAAAAAAAUAUAUAGAUAAACAAAAUAAUGACAUCUCGAUGCCGAGAUUGUACUAAAUUAUUGUAAUAUAAUAAUACGUGAAAUCUCCUACAGUAUUAUACUUAAUUACCUAAUUAAAAUCGAACAAUUGUGGGGUAUUUUUUGUUAUAUUUUCUCGGCCCGAAAGUGAAGAAAUUAAAAUUGCAUAGAUGCUGUUUUCUAAAAUCGUUAAGUUAACGGGUGUCUCACUAGAAAAAAAAAAAAAAUGUUUCACGGUCAAGGACCGAAGUAUACAAUAAAUAUUGUGUAUUAUAAUCUACACCGUUUAAAAAAGUAAUCCUUUUGUUUUUCGUAUCCGUAUCUAAUAGAUUCCGGACAAUGAGUCAUUGUGUCUUUCGAAUAAUAUUUUUUGUAAAUUUACGCACGGACACUUAAAAAAAAAGGAUAACUGUGUAAUAUAUUCGUAUUAAUUAAUAUUGUAAUUUCAGUUUAGGCAAACGAAAAACUGCUGGCACGGUCAUUAUAUUAACAAGGAAUAUUAUUUAUUAACACGGUUACCGCGGUCGUUGUUUCUCAAACCGUGCAGUUAACUAUCUUUACUUUUUAGUUAAUAUUCGUAAUAUAGUGUAGUUCAAUUUUAGAGGAGAAACUUCUGGAGCACAAUGAUUAAUUUUUAAACAAAACUUGAAUUAUCUCGCAUUAGCCACAACAAUCACAACAGCACAACACUGCGGUUUUAGAAGAUAAGGUAUAGCAACAUAUGAAUCUCCUCUGUAUUAAUUAUGUUUAUUUUUUUAAUUUAAUGGUGUUCAACAUUUAAACAAAUUUAGACAGAAUUUUAUGAACAUGUGAACAAAAUCUAAAUAAAAUAUAAUUAUAAUAAAAUGAUGUAUUCAAAUUAAUUAAAUUUAUAAUUUUUAAACUUAAUCUCAAAGAGCAAUACAGUAGUAAUAAGUACAACAUUAAACAAAUAUUAUUAAAGAAAAUAUACAUUGCCUAUUUAGUUGUUAUAUAUGUCGUAUUGUGACAUAUAUAUUGUAGACAAUGCAUCACUAUUAACUGAACUAUGCUCAGAAUCGUAUUUUCAGAAGCAAUGGUUAAAUGCUGCUUACAGAACUACAUUAAAUUUCCAUCUGUAUCCUACCUUUCCAACUUCACUUACGACAGUGGCUGCAUCCGUCCCUAUUAUCCUAGGACAGCUUUUUAGUAUUACUCUUUUAUCAAUACAAAAUUCAUUUCAAUGGUGAAAACGUUUUUUUUUUUUUUUGGAAAUUUCCAAAUUUCCGGCGGACAAAAAUUUCUAUACGGAAUGAUCAAUAUCUUAUAUGGCAGUCAUUGUCUCGGAAAGUAUUUUAACUGUUUUCAAAAUGUCUCCGGACAAUUUAUGUUUUCAAAAUUCUAUACUUUUAUCGUAAACAAUUUUCGUACAGAAAUAUUUAAAUCGUCAAGCCAUUUGACGAUUUAGAUGAGAUUUACAUGAGAUUUUUCUAUUUUCGAGUUUGUCGUUUUGUGGGUGCAGGCUAAUAAUGUAGCACCAUUGUUUUAGCGCUGCGGCACGUGGCAUUUGAAUAUACUCUCCCCCAACCUAGAAAACGAUAAGCUUAAAAGUGAAAUAUCUAGUCAUUGGUUUGACGAAAAUUAAAUAUUUCAAUGCAAAAUGUAAAAACUGUAUCUACCUAUUUAUUGAAUUUAUAAUAAAGUUUAUCAUUUUAAAAUCAAUGAUAUGUUAAUGACAAGUUUCAUCUCCAAACAUCUGGGUUAUAAAAAAAAAACAGGGUAAUGUAUUAUUUUAGCAUGUUAAUUAAAUUAUCCGAAAAAAAUUUAUGAUUUUCAAUAAGUGUCUUAUUUAUCUUUCUGUACAAUCCAGGAUAAACUGAACUCGAAUUAUCGCAAACAGUUACAAACCAUUUUUGACGGAUUUACACGUAUGAUGCGACUUUUCAUCGUUGUUCAUUAAGCACAACACUUGAAUUAUUAUCAAAAUUACCGGAUACAAUUGAUGAAAGGAAUCGGUAUAUAUAGCUGAUCUAAAUGGGAAUACUUUGCGUUUUUUUUUUUUUUCUGAAACGGAAAAUUGAACUAAUUAUUUUGUUUUAUACACACCGUUCUGUUUGUAAAAUAGAUUAUGUCCACCUACUAAGUACCUUAUACCUGGUGUACCUUACAUGUCAUAUCUCUAAUAAGAUGAGUCGACUUAGCCAAUGCGGUUAUUUCAAACGAUCAUAGAUUUAAACGAGUUGUUUAACCGUGUCGUGCGGUAUUGUUAAAUACCUAGUUUUUCUAGUUUGAAAAAAAAUUAAAAGUUGCCGAAAAAAAUGAGCUGAUAAUGAUCAUAGAUAUACCGCUGUUUCAGGCGAGAGGUUGGGAAGGUAGGACACAUAUGGUAAUUUAAUUUAUAGAUUGUACGGAACGAUAGAUGAUUGUAAGUAAAAUAUGAUUCUGAAUGGAGUUCAUUUAAACGUAUUUUGAAAAGUCGUGAAUUUUAUCGUCAAAAUAAAAAAUGACUAUAAAUAGCUAAAAAGAAACGCUAGAAUGUUUGAGAAAUACGUAAAUAAAUAAAUUGAACAUAUUUAGAAAAAGUUAAGAAAAAUAUUCUGCGAAAACUUCAAUUAUACACGUUUAUUUUUAAUCGAAUCGCGAUAAAAAAAAAAAAAAACAAAAAUCGAAAAUAACGGAACUCGUUAUUGUGUAAAUCAUCUCGUUAUUUUUUUUUUUUCAAGUUUUUUCGCGAUUUGUCCAAUUGUACAGAAAACUGCUAAGAAAACCAAUAUGGAUAUUGACACGACGUGCCGUCAGAAAAGACUUUACACUCGGAAAUCUGAGCAAUAUUUCCGGUAGAAAAAUAGAUCGCAGACAGGAGGAAAAACGCACGUCGUACAGUAAAACCAAUACGUUCCUCCUCGCUGUGCUCAGAAUCCUAAGUUUUUUUUUUUAAAUCCGUUUAAAUUCCGAGAGUAGCCCUGCGCCUCAAGUACAACGAUAGUAUUUUCAUAUUUCGAACGUUUUUUUUCAGAUUUGGUAUAGCGAUUGCGCGUUCGCGGCGACGCGCAAUCGACCGUACAACAACAAUAUCUUACUGCGAAACGCGGAAUAUUGGUUGCCCGCAAACGACAUAAUGUAAAUAGAACCGCACGACGAUUCCCGCGGAAAGUGUACCGGGAUUAGUUUCCGUGCGCACAUGGAGUCGAUUUUCGAACUCACGGUGUUUAUAUUAGAUUAUUAAAACCGCUGCGGCGAAAGCCCGGCACGGCUGCAAUAUCGAUACGCGGGUACCUAUGCAAAUAACACAACUUUAUAUUGGGAACGACGGUCGCGAGAUUGCGUGCGAUCUCGUAAGGAAUAUUGUUACGGCCGUACGCCGCACUUCGGAACUGUACGCGUUUCGCUCCGUAAGUUCGACUCGCACGUCCGGAUUUUUCACCAAAUUUGAAAUUAAACGAAACGACGCGAUAUUACACCGCGAUUGGGGCUGCGGCCGGUAAAAUGCGUGUACGUAGUUUGUACGAUUGGCACGAAGAACGCCGACGGACUGGCGGAAAAUAUUAGAUAUUAACGUAUUUAGCGAAAGCGCGUGAUUAUUCGCAAAACACGAACACGACCGAUGGCGAACUUGUAUUCAAAUACGUAAAGCUUGUCAUUCGAAAAUAUUUUUUUUUUUUUUUAAUUCUGCACGUGACUAGGAAUGUAUCGGUUUUACAACUUUUCUACGAGAUAUUCGGCACCAAUCACAAAAUCUAAAAAAAUCUUUUUUUUUUUUUUUUUUAUUUUGAAUCUAGUUGAUGUAUUGAAAGGUCGGCUUUUCAUUUUCCGAGAAGUUUUCAUAAUCGUUGGAAAAAAAAAACAUAGGGAAAAUUGAAAAAUUUACGGCAUAACGGUUCAAUUAUUUUUAAUUUGGUUUUUUUUUCUUUUGUAAUUUUCAAAUAAUACUUAGGCAUAUUAGCCAUUUUUUAGACACGAUAUAAUUUCCAAACAUUCUGGAGAUUUUUGAGCUAUUUUUAGACAUUCGUCAUUUUCGAGUUAACAGUGAUUUUUAUUAUGCACAUAUAUAAAUCAAAUUACCCUAUGCAUCUUACUUUCCCACAAUACAGGCCACAAUAGUCAUGUACGAAUAGUAAAUACUAUUAGCUCGUUUUUAUUUUUAAAUCAUACCUUUUAUAUUUUUCCACGAUAGUGUAUCAAUAUUUUCGCUUUGUUAUAGCUACUGCUUUGACAUAACGUUUUCGAUAAUACGCCGAUGCUUACCCAGUUCGACAAUAGAAACGAAUUUGUUCAGAUAAAUUGAAAAUUGAAUUCCGUUCAUAUUAUUAUAUUAUCUAUAUUUUUAAUAUUACGUUGACCAUUUGUCGAUUGCCGGAUGUAAACGAUCAUCGAAAUCCAUAAUGUCAUACUCGCUCUGACGUUUUUAGUUUAAAAACAACGAAUCGCUCUGUUGGUUUAGCGUUUAUAAAGAGGAAAAAAAUGGGAACAUUGAAUACAAAUCACGUAUGCAGUUUAUUUUAAAUAACUGUAGUUGCAUCGUAAGAAAUUAUGAUAAUAUCUUUUACACGGCAAACCUCCUAUGACGAUAAUCACUUCCUGUCUCGACAAUCCUGAUUUAUCGGGAAAACUAAUAGUAUUCUUAAGGUUAGGUUAUGGUAUAAUAAUAUAAUAUUAUGAUGAUGCUUUGUUAAUCUCAAGAAAAAAAACUACGCGAGUUAUUCAAUUCUAAAAAAAAAAAACACAAAAUAAAUCAAUAAUAAAAAAAAAAAUCUAAAUUUCAACGGGGAGUUUUAAGAACUAUCGAUAAAUACGUCAAAAUAAUAACAAAGGUUAACUUUAUUUCUCAAGGAAUUUCGGUUACGGAAAUCACCUAAAUGGAUUCAAAUAGACUGAUAACAAAAACUAAAUUAUACAAAUUAUGAACGGUAUAAAAUAAACCGUUAUCACGGUUCAAUCCAUUAAAAAUACACGGAUAAAAAAUUGAUGUGACUAAAUUUACAAUUAGUUACUUUCCUUAGAGUUCUGCAUAUUUCAAAAUUAAAAAUCACUUGGGUUGCAUUUCGUACGCAUUAAUUUUGUAUAUUAUUUUAAAUGAAAAAACAUUCAACAUACAAUACGUUUGUAAAAAUAUUUAAUUUUAUACAAAUAUAUUAAUGUGUGCCAAAUGGUUCUUCAUGGUUUUAAAUUUAAGAAAUGCGCAGAACUAUUUGAGAAACUGUAAUUGAGUCACAUCAAUUUUGUGCACGUGUUUUUUAAAUAGAGUGAACCGUGAUAACGGUUUAUUUUAAACCGUCCAUCUAUUAUCAUUUUUUUUUUUUCGUUAUCAGAUCCGUUUGGGUUUAUUAUAGUACGCAGUGUCACAGUGGUAACGGGAUUUAUAAAUUAAUUUAUAGAAAAUCAUGUCCAGAGCACUCGAUUUCGAGUUGUGAGGGACGGGGAGGAGGGGAGAAAUUGCAACAAUGUAGGUCUGAACUACUUUGGGUUUACAGUUUCAAUUCAUAAAAUCGUCCAUGAUAAUGAUGAUAAUUGUAUAGUAUAAUACCUACUCUAAUUUAUUAUGUUGAAAUGGUUGAUAAAUUUCCGUAGUCGUAUUUUCAGACGAUCAAAUUAGAAUUAAAUCGAAUCGUAACUAUACCUUGAACAAUAGUAGUAUAAAUUGUCAAUUAAUAUUUUGCGUCAAAAUAAAUUCAAAAACCAUGUUCUUCGUGUAAUCGCAUUUUUCAUAAACUGUUGCUGUUGUAUCUACAGAUUAUGAUAUUGUUUACUUAUUGGUUAUCUAUUACUAGAGUUCAGAUGUUGUUGGUAUUUCCUUUUUUUUUCUAUUGGUCCAAUAUGAAGCUGCGUCAGCUACUCGUAUAAAUUAAUGUUCUACUAUGUAGGAUUAUUUGUACCUACUUAAAGUUUUAUAAUGCUUAUCAGCCAUUUUUUUGUUUUUUUAUCUUUUAAAUAGUUUUUCGGAGUUUUAAUUAAUAGGUAAAAGUGCUAUUGUGAUUAGCACGUUUUCAGGUUUUUUACUAAUUUAUUGCUUUAUUUAGAGUACUUUUUAUUAUGUUUUAUAAAGCUACAACAUUCGAAUUCUAGUCAUUACUAACCAUCUUUGUUCGCAAACUAAUAAUUAUAUGCGUACCUAUUACGGGAAAAUUUAGGAAAGUGAACCUGCGAUAAUUUGUCGUCUAGUUUCAUUGUUGUUCUCCGUUACAUAUUUUAAUGAAUUUCUAAGCAGUAUUUAGAGUACACGCGAUAUUGCCCGUCGGAUAUAUCGUCUGUUCGAUGUUGUUUAAUAUAAAUCACGUAGAUAUAUUAAAUAGCUGCGGGUUAUUCGAUUUUCCGUUUACGAACGAACGGCUAAAAAGUAGCGCUGUCAUAUACCUACGGAGACAAUUUUCUCUUUCGAUUCUCUAAACAGUUCAAUACGUGAAUAAACACUUACCUAUAUUAUAAUAAGAUGACACCUACGCGGUGGUGCCCAUCGCAGAUUGAAUAUUGAAGAAGGUCGCGACGGAAAUCUGUUUCCCGUUGAGAAAAUGACUCUGCUAGAAUUGUUUUCUAUUGUAUAUCUGUAUAAUAAUAGACACUUAUUCAUUUCGUUAUCGUUUUCGAUUCGUUUGGCGUUUGAAAUUGAUUUAGGAUUCAAUACGAUAUAUUAGUAUUAUGUUAACAACAAAAUUGUAGGUUAGUUGGUUCGAACGUAAUCGCAGAAAUGUGUACAGCUAGUCCAGUCUAAACACGGAUAAUAUAUGUUACAAUAACAUUGUUAGAUUAAACAGAAAUACUUGAAAAUUUGACAGGAGGUUCAUUAUAAAUCAAUGGAAAAUUAACGGAAUUGAGUACAAUGAAGACAUUUUUUUUUUUAUACAAAAGUUUUGAAAUCAAAUUUGGACGAAAAUCGUAAACAUUACGGCCUUUCAAAAUGUGUAAAACCAAAUAUUGCUCCGGAUUGUUUUUCGCUAGCAACGGUUAAUUUUCUCUUACAUGUAUAAACUAAAUAAUUUUAUGUAUUCUUUCUUCGGAACUUCAUAUUUACAACAAUGACGCAUCCGUCCCUAGUAUCAGCUUUUUUAUUAUGGUUUAUGUGUUUUUUUUCUUUCUGUAAACAACUUUCGAAAAAAAAAAAAUCUUUCUUCAAUAUUUAGAGUGUAGAACCUUUUAUGAAAAGAAAUUGUACCUAGUUUGUUGCAUUAAAAAUGUCAUUUUUUUGAUUUGUCAAGGGUUUUUUAAAAAAAAUUGUCCGUGUUUUAAACUGAAGUGCAUCGAAGUAAUAUAGGCACACCGUUUUUUUAAUUUAAUUAAUCAAAUAUUUAACUUAUACUAGUACCAAUAACAAAUACAUAAAAAAAAAAAAUCGAAUAUUAUAACGAUUUCUACUUAUGGUAUAGUAACGUAAUUGAAAAAAAAACAGCUGAAUAUAUUUUUUAGAGUUAAACACUUUUAUAAAUCAUUUGUAUUCGUAAUCAAAUAUUUUUUAAUGAGGUACUCAAACUCGUAUUUUGAAUAAAUUUUAAAACUAUGUUUCAAUUAACAGUCAACAAACAAAAUAUGUAUUCAAAAUCCUUUUAAAAAGUAUCGUUUUAAACAAUCCGUAUACAAGUCUGCGAUUAGUUAUUAAAUACUAAAUACUAAAUAUAUAAAUGUCUGUAAAUAUAAUUUAAGUAGUUGUCUGUCUGGCUAUCUGUCCGGCCUCUGAAAUUGUUGUCUCGAUAAAAAACACUGCUUUAAUAAUUAUUGUAUUAUUAAUACAGUAGUAUUAUCUUAUACAUAAAAAAUGAACACAGAUGAAAAAAAAAAAACAGUUAUUUUUAGUGAAUUUAGUUGUCACUAGCAAGACAUUUUUAAAAAUUACGGGCAACAACGGUUUACUGCAGUGAUAGGCACGGGGAUGGAAACGGGGAAAACGAUUUUAUUAUUUUUUUACAUUCUAUCAAUAUUGACACGGACAAUGCCGUAGGGAAUAGCUAGUCUUACAUAUAAAAGGUCAGAUCCACGCGUCCGUCUACUUGUCUAUAUUGCUUUUUAUCUAAAACUUAAAAUGUACAUUGUGGCAUCUAGGUUGAAAUUGGAAUUCAAGCACAACUAAAAAAAUUUGAAGAGGAGAAUAUUUUCCAUGGCUGUACCAUUUCCUAAAAAAGCUUAUAAACAAAAAAAAUGAUUGCGAUGUUAAUUAUCGUAUUUUCUUAAUAGCUUUAAUCCUUUAAAUUUUAAAUUCCGAAACGAAAAUGUAUUGGUUUUACAAAGAUGUUUAUUUUUUUUUUCUACCCAAAAAUUGUACUCCAAUGUAUACGAUGUCGACUCUUUUCUGAAAGGAAAUUUUCUUGGAGCGGUACUUUAAGGAGGUCAUUUUUUUAUUUUCUCAGCAUUUUCCCAAUAAAGAAGAAAAAUAGAGAAAAAACGAAAUAAUGUACAAAUUAUAUUAGUAAAAUACUAUGAUUUUUUUUUUCCUGUGGACAAAUUUUCUACUAGCAAUAAUUUUGCUCCGAUUUAUAAUGAUAGUACUUUUUCUAAAAGGAAAUCUGCCUCGAAAGGUAUUAUAAAGAAGUUAUUUUUCGAUUUUUCCAAGAAUUUUCUCAGCAAAUAUGAAAAAUCGGGACACCCGUGGAGAAAUCGGAAAAAAACUUAGACAAAAUCAGAACAAUAUUGAACAAAUAUUAUCGAAGAAAAUAUAUAAUGCCUAUUUAAUUAUUGUACCACUAGCUAGCUAUCCCACGCCCAGCGUUGACCGUGCCAAUUUGUAUUAUUAUUUUACCCAUAUUCAUUUUUGAUUUUGGCUGUAUUAGAAUUAAAUGAAAACAAAUAGGUGGGAAGUAGGUGUCCACUUCUGGCAGACUAAAUGUGUUAUAUCGUGAAAUUUGAAUAGUAUAAAUAAUAGUAAUAAUAAUAAUUACAAUAGUUUUCUUUUCCAUGACAAUCCUUGAAUAAACAAAAAUAAAUAAAUAAAUAAUUUGAUAUUCGUACCAAAUAUAACUAAAAACCCUUAUUUUACCCCCUUAGAAGUUGAAUUUUCAAAAAUCGUUUCUUAACGGAUGCCUGCGUUAUCAUAGCUAUCUGUAUGCCAAAUUUCAGACUGAUCCGUCCAGUGGUUUGGAUUAGGUGAUGAUGAAUCUGUCAGUCAGGACAUGUUAUAUUACAUAUAUAGAUAAUAUAACAUAUAUAUAUUGUUGGGCAUCACUAUCACUAUAUUUAAGCAUCACUAUCAACUGAACACCGCUCAGAAUCGUUUUUAGUAAACAAGAGUUUUUUCGUUGCCUACAGAUACAAACUAAUUUCCUCUCUAUACCUCCUAACUUCCCAACUUCUCACCAACAAAAGUAACUGCACCCAUCGUGCGAAGCAUGUUCGUCUUUUUUUAUAUUAUGUUUAAAUUCUAUUUUCAAUCUAAACGCCACAAUCUAUGUUCUAAUUAACGUAUUUUGUCGGUGCGUAAAACACACGGGUAUUGCAUAAUUGUAAUCAACAAAUCGUAGAUGUAACUAAGUCAUACACACCUAUUUAUAGUUUAUCAAUUAUUACGCCUGCAUUACAACUUUGUGUGAUAGUGCACUGAGUUUCCUAAACUGUAAAUGCACAUCGAGUUGAUUGUUCGUCUUAUUGUUGUAGUCAACUUUUACCAGAUUGGCGUGAUUGAAGUAUAAUAAAUUGUUGUCAGUUGAUCUAUAAUAAUUUAAUGCAAUUUUAAGUUCAGCCUAUAUAUUAAUCCGUGUGCAAUUUUUUGCACGCAAUAAUAGUUUUUUUCAAUAUUAACAACUAAAUUUAAAUUUAAAUUUAGUUAAAACGGUUGGUUUCGUUCAUAUUCGUAUACAGGAAAGUUGUUUCCAUAAAGAUUUACAGCAUUUGGAUUUAGCUCGUUUAAACAUUUAAAUAACCGUUUCAACCAGACAUAUGUGACGGGCAUCAUACAACUAGUUCUAUAAUAACUAUCGUCGCUGAAAGCGAGCUAUUAAAAAUCAUACAGACAGCCGAGAAAAAUGUUAUACAAAUAUUGUAUUAUAUAUAAAUUUAAAAAAAAUUAUAAACAAUUUCUUAGUUUUCAUUGAUACUGCGGUACCGGUAUGAUGCUAUAACAAUUUUUUUUUAAGUGAAAAGUUAACGUAUUCAUUAUAGACAAUCGAUAUGGGUUGCCUGUUAUACUAUCGUUAUUUAUUUGUAUUUAAAAAACUUUGAUAAUAAUUACCAUACUAUAAAAAUAAUUAAUAAGUGUCAAUAGGUACAUAGUAAAAAUAAUGUACAAACAAAAGUUUAUAUGUCCAUACGUCUCAUAGGAUUAUUUUAACCGACAUAUUUUUUAUUAGAUUUUUUUCUAUGUAUUGGUUUUACACAGAUUAUUACACAUUUAUUUAUUUUUUUUUUACAUGAACAUUUUCUACCAAUAAGCCUAUUCCGAUUAACAAGUACAGCACUUUUUCUGAAAGGAAAUAUUCCCUGGGUGGUACCGAGCUUUACAAAAUAAAAUAAAUUUCGAUUUCAAUACAUUCUUUUAACUAUUAAUCUUAAUAUUUUAUUUCAUUAUUCUAUACUAAUGCAUCACUAACAACUGAACACCGCUCAGAAUCGUUUUUUCGUUAGCAAUGAUUUAUCAUUGCUUACAGGUAUUGUGCGAUGAUAAAUUACAAUUAUUUUAUUAUACGAGAUAAUUUUAAUAAUUUUUAUUUUUGUUUGUAUCUAGAUGAUAUUGCAUCAAUUAAUUUUGUAUUUUUAAACAUAAAUACCUAUUCUAUAGAAUGUAUAAUAUAAGAUACUAAUCUGCGUUUUAACAUUUCGCAUAUAGGAAUCUAAAAAAAAUCGAUUAUUUAUAUUAGUUAAUUUGAAUUAUAUUUCAAAUAUAUUCAAUAAUGUAACCAUUAAUCAAUUUUAAAAUUAUAUUACCCAAAUUUUUUCGAUAGUUGUGAAAACAAUGCCCGAUUUCCACGAAUAAUAAUUUUAAAACAUGACAUCAACGAGUUUUUUUUCAUGCAAUAAAACAAUAUUAAUAAAUUGUUCAUUCGACUGUGAUAAUUCCAAGAACAUUAUCUUAAAAAACGAACUAUUACACAAUGUACAUUAAUAUCUAUACAAAUAUAAUAAAUAAACUACAUCGAAUUCAAUUUUACUAUAAUUAGGUAAAUUUACGAAAUAAUAUCGAUUAAUUCGAUGAGAAUGGUUUUACAAAUGACUAUUUUAUUAAGUUUCAGGGUGAUGCAUUUUUUGUUUAGUAAAAACAUAGUAUCAUAUAUUUAAUCAACACUUUAUUACAUAAUAUAUUUAUGUUUAAAUACAAGAAAUGUAAUGUAUGCAAUAUUUAAGAAUCUUACUUUUUUUGGGGGGGGGGGAUCAAAAUAAAUUUAAAAUGGGUAAUCUUAUUUUAGAGACCUUUCGUUUAAAACAUUCGCAAAUAAUAGCAACAGUUCGUAACACAAAAAAAAUAUAUCGCUGAACCUUAUUAUAAAAUUAAUAAUAUUUUUGUUAGCUUACGAACGGAUCAUCGGGUAUACUUUUAAAGUAUCCUUACAGAGUAGUUAAGGGAGUUUGGGAAUUAAAUUGGUAAAAAAAAAAUUCUGUAAAUCGUGAGACUUUUUACUGUUCUGACAUCCUGGUUCUGUGUAAAAAAUGUUUUACCACGACGAAAAUAAUAAUUACAGGAUGUUAUAAGUAGCUGUAUCAAAUUUUAAUAAUUCCGAUAUUUUAUGUUUUGUUGAUAUAAUAAUUACAGAUACUACGUUUACUUAAAAAAAUCAUUAUAUCUAUAUAAUAUUCAGCCCAAAUUUAAUGCAUUUUACUAUAUAUUUUAGAGUUGGCAUUUACAUAAUACCCAUAAGCCUUACAUCGAUCAAUUCAGUGCCAAUAAAAUAAUAAAUAUCCAACAAAACUUCAACACCAUACGGCUGACGGGUUUUAUGUGUGACAGAUCGGGAAAAAUGUAUCCGGAUCCAGAAACUCAAUGUCAGGUAAUGUAUAAUUUUAUUUUUUUUAUGCGGUACUAAAUUAACUAUACGGUAAAGCUACCUGUUACCCGAUUAUAAAUUUCAGGUUCAUAUCGAAAUACUCGAAAAUCAGUUCUUGUAA